AGUUCUUGAAGCCUUCUCUGAACUGUUUUUUCUCUUCCUUUGUUACAGGUAUCUAUUUUUCAGCUAUAUUAAUCUUUUAAAACAAAGAAAAUGGAUUUCUUAAAUUCAUCUGAUCAAAACUUGACCUCAGAGGAACUGUUAACCCGAAUGCCAUCCAAAAUUCUGGUGUCCCUCACCCUCUCUGGGCUGGCACUGAUGACAACGACUAUCAACUCCCUUGUGAUUGCUGCAAUUAUUGUGACCCGGAAGCUGCACCAUCCAGCCAAUUAUUUAAUUUGUUCCCUUGCAGUCACAGAUUUUCUUGUGGCUGUCCUGGUGAUGCCCUUCAGCAUCGUGUAUAUUGUGAGAGAGAGCUGGAUUAUGGGGCAAGUGGCCUGUGACAUUUGGCUGAGUGUUGACAUUACCUGCUGCACGUGCUCCAUCUUGCAUCUCUCAGCUAUAGCUUUGGAUCGCUAUCGAGCCAUCACAGAUGCUGUUGAGUAUGCCAGGAAAAGGACUCCAAAGCAUGCUGGCAUUAUGAUUACAGUAGUUUGGAUUAUAUCUGUUUUUAUCUCUAUGCCUCCUCUAUUCUGGAGGCACCAAGGAACUAGCAGAGAUGAUGAAUGCGUCAUCAAGCACGACCACAUUGUUUCCACCAUUUACUCAACAUUUGGAGCUUUCUACAUCCCACUGGCAUUGAUUUUGAUCCUUUACUACAAAAUAUAUAGAGCAGCAAAGACGUUAUACCACAAGAGACAAGCAAGUAAGAUUGCAAAGGAGGAGGUGAAUGGCCAAGUCCUUUUGGAGACUGGUGAGAAAAGCACUAAAUCAGUUUCCGCACCCUAUGUACUAGAAAAGUCUUUAUCUGACCCAUCAACAGACUUUGAUAAAAUUCACAGCACAGUGAGAAGUCUCAGGUCUGAAUUCAAGCAUGAGAAAUCUUGGAGAAGGCAAAAGAUCUCAGGUGCAAGAGAGCGGAAAGCAGCCACUACCCUGGGAUUAAUUUUGGGUGCAUUUGUGAUAUGUUGGCUUCCUUUUUUUGUAAAAGAAUUGGUUGUUAAUAUCUGUGAAAAAUGUAAAAUUUCUGAAGAAAUGUCCAAUUUUUUGACUUGGCUUGGGUAUCUCAAUUCCCUUAUAAAUCCACUGAUUUACACAAUCUUUAAUGAAGACUUCAAGAAAGCAUUCCAAAAACUUGUGCGAUGUCGAUAUUAGCUUUAAAAAUGUUUAUUAUUGAAGGGUGGGGAUUUUUGAGGGGGGCAGUAACUAAAUGAAUGCUAAAUAAUAAAACAUUUAAGCUUUUAGAGAGAAAUAUAUAAAAACUGCUAAAAUGAUAAGGCUAUAAUUUAUAUUUUAUUAUCAAUGUGAAUAUAAAACUUAUUUAUCACCAUUAUUCUAGGGUACUCAAAAUUAGAAAAUAAUUUAUGUAGGCUAUAGACAAUAUUUUGCCUAUGCAAUGUUCCUAAAAAGCUAACUGGAAAAAAGUAAUAUGCAUACAUAUAUACAAUAUUAAUGACAGCGAUUUUCCAAGUUUAUGUCUUACAAUAAUUAUAGAGGAGUUUUCAAUGAACAACAUACCUCCCUUCCUAAUUUCUAUCUAGUCCUAUUGUUUUAUAAUAUAAUCCUACUAUUUUGUAGAAGAAAAUAUAAUUCACCACAAAGCACACAUUUCUCCUGUCUCCCUUCUCCAUCUUACCCUGAGCAAAACAGAGGGGGAAGGAGGCCACGCUUACUUAGUAUGACAGAGAAAAUGUAAAAAAGUCAGAGACUGAAAUUAUCCUUGUGUUAGGUAGUAAAGAGUAAUCAUAAAGUGAGUUAGGUACAGUAAAAUAAUUUGAUACUGAAUUUGUGCAUAUUUAAUAUGUUUGUUUAGUAUAAACUCCUAGAAUAAUAUUAUCUUAUCCAUAUAUUAUCAGUAUUUAAAAUCAAAGCCUUACCUUAGUGUCCAUAACUCAACAAAGGAGCAUGGGUGACGUUGUUGUAAUUGCUCCUUGUUUACUUAGGAAUCAAAUUUAAGGUACUAAAUAUCAUAGGUUACUGACCACAGCUUUUAUAUUUCUAACAUCUUUUUAAAAAGAUAAAAUGUAUUUCAUUUCUGAUAAUGAUAAUAAGCUCAGUUACUAACUAAAUUGUCUGUGGUACUUUGCACUUCAGUAUUUCCAUACCUUUGGUUUGAAUAUCAUUUCCCCUUUAUUAGACAGAAUACAAUGGGAAUUUUUAGAACUUUCCCUUGACUUUAAAAUAUUUCUACUUUUCCAAUUGGUAGGAAUGAACAGGCAAAAGGACUCACAUUUCACUUAUUAAUAAAUGUACAAAUAUAUGUAUAUUUGUAAUUAGGCAUUCUACUAGUUCAGUGAGCCAAAGCAAUUCAGUAAGUUUUUCUUCCAUAUUUAUAUAAGGAUUUGGAA